GCCGGGCAGAGCGGUCGGUGACAGCCCCGAAGGCCCCCGCCCGCGCCCAUGGCCGAGCCGGACCCCUCUGACUCUCUGGAGACCCAGGCAGGGAAGGUGCAGGAGGCUCAGGAUUCAGAUUCAGGCACUGAGAGAGGAGCAGCUGGCAGAGAAGAAGAGAUGGACUUCCUUCGGAAUUUCUUCUCCCAGACACUUGGCCUGGGCACCCAGAAGGAGCGUCUCCUGGAUGAGCUCACCUUGGAAGGGGUGGCUCGGUACAUGCAGAGCGAGCGCUGUCGCAGAGUCAUCUGUCUAGUGGGAGCUGGAAUCUCCACAUCGGCGGGCCUCCCUGACUUCCGCUCUCCAUCCACUGGCCUAUACGCCAACCUGGAGAAGUACCAUCUUCCCUACCCAGAGGCCAUCUUCGAGAUUGGCUAUUUCAAGAAACAUCCGGAACCCUUCUUUGCCCUUGCCAGGCAAUUCUAUCCUGGGCAGUUCAAGCCGACCAUCUGUCACUACUUCAUCCGCCUGUUGAAGGAGAAAGGAAUGCUCCUGCGCUGCUACACGCAGAACGUAGACACCCUGGAGCGAGUGGCAGGGCUGGAGCCCGUGGACCUGGUGGAGGCCCAUGGCACCUUCUACACGUCACACUGUGUUGGCACCAGCUGCCGACAUGAGUACCCGCUGAGCUGGAUGAAAGAGAAGAUCUUCAGUGAGGUGACUCCCAAGUGUGAGAAAUGUCAGAGCGUGGUGAAGCCUGACAUCGUAUUUUUCGGCGAGAAUCUCCCAGCGCGUUUCUUCUCCUGCAUGCAGUCAGACUUCCAGAAGGCGGACCUCCUCAUCAUCAUGGGCACCUCCCUGCAGGUGCAGCCCUUUGCAUCCCUCAUCAGCAAGGCACCUCUCUCUACCCCACGCCUACUCAUCAACAAGGAAAAGGCCGGCCAGAGGGAUCCUUUCCUAGGAAUGAUGAUGGGCCUGGGAGGAACCAUGGAUUUUGACUCUGAGAAGGCCUACAGGGACGUGGCCUGGCUGGGUGACUGUGACCAGGGCUGCCUGGCCCUUGCUGACCUCCUUGGAUGGAAGAAGGAGCUGGAAGACCUUAUUCAGAAGGAGCAUGCCAGAAUAGAUGCCCAGCUGGGGUGAAGCCGCCAACCCCACCACUUCAACUUCCCCCAGAAAGUCUCCACCACCUGCCAAGGAGGCGACCAGGACUACCAUAGAAGGAGAGAAACCCAAGUGACAACUGCACCCCCCAGGAAGGACACCCCAUUCCUCGGGGAUAGCCGAGUCCCAACCAACCCUGGGUCUCCUCUAACCUGUAGCUCUUGUCUGGGGCGCUCAGAAUAUCCCCCAAUCUGUUAACCAGUUCUUCCCAAAACUAGAGUCCCCGCUGCCCCCCACCCAACUUUAGCCUGUCUCUAACUUCUCCUAGAGGCCAAAGCUAACAGCCACAGUCUGUAACCACCUCAGGGGUAAAGGGAAACCUCCCUAAUUUCUAACUGUCCCCAGGGGCCAGUAGCACCCCAAAACUUCUAACUAUCCCAGGAUAGGGAGCUUAGUGCCCCCACUCUCUACUGCUCCGCUCCCAGGGCCAAUGGCCAAACAGAUCAAAGCUAACCUACCCAGGUGGGUGUGUGGGCCCUCCAAACAACUCUCACCUAGUAGGGUGGGACAGGUCUGAGCCUGAAGGGUUCCCUAGUCUUUCUCUUCAACUUCCAAAGUGGGUGCUGAGCCCCUUUCACUUGGGACCCACUUCCCAUGUCAGGAGGCCAGAAGACAUGGCUUAAUGGAGACAAAUUAAAAGCAAAAACAACUAAC